AUGCUCGCGGUUGUGCUCCUAGGACUAUUAGCAUGCGAAGGCAUUGCUUCGUAUAAAUUCGAAAGAAUAAGAGAUUACGAUAGAGAAACCGGCAUUUUCAAUGGACGAGGUUAUGAUAGUGAUUUCAUGUCCUUAAACAGACAUAAGGAAUAUAUAUUUAAAAGAAAAAGGGUAAUAAACAGAGAAAUAACAAGCAUUAGUAGGCAAAAGGAGGUGCUUGAAAGAAGACUGGAAUACCUUCACGGGCAUAUUGAGUAUCUUGAUAGAGAAAUAGAAAGGAUCGAUAAUGAGAUAGAAAAACUGGUCCCAAUCGACGACUAUUCAAGUAAUGACGGUCAAAGAACAGCAGAUAAUGUAUAUACUUUAAUUAUGUCAUUGCCGGGGUAUAAAGAAGAAGAAAUUACUUUAAAUGCACGCAAAGGUCUGCUGGAAAUAGAUGCUUUUCAUGUUUCACAUGAUAAACCAUUAGUUAGUUAUACAUUUGUUAAGCAUUUACCGGACGACGUUGACCCAAAUGGAUAUUGGUCAUAUAGUGGAGGUGUUUUACGAGUUAAUUUUCCGAUUCAACAAAAUGGGAACAUUAUUUCAACGAAGUAUAUAAGUUCUUUAAAAAAUAAGGUCAACACAGAUUCAGGAAUGAUAUAUAAUAAACAAACUAGCACGGAGAAAAAUUUUCUGCAUUAUUUUGAUAGUCACAUAACUAGUGAAACAGAAAAAGCUAAAAAUUCGUUUGCCGUCAAUAAUGGAGAUGUAACAACUAAUAACCCUCUUUUUACGAAUAAAGAAAGAAGUGAAGAAAUCGAUGAUAAUGAAGAAAAUGUCGUGGACAUUAAAUAA